GCAGAGUCCACCGAGCGCGCUGCAGGGUUGGGGACCCACUCACUCGUCGCCUGUGCUGGCCGUCCGCUGUCACCCGCGCGGGCCGAUCGGGGGAAGGGACCCGCGCGCCCAGCUUUGUUGUGGAAAUCCGGUUACCUGGCUUAUCACCCACAUCAUGGAUAACUUACUUGGCUUGGCCUGAAAGAGUCCUUAGUGACAUUGGAUAUUGACUUUCUGGGGCUCAGGGCUUUCAGAAUGAAUGGAAGAUCAUGUGGUAUGAGUCUCCACCGGACAUUGGGAACCCCACAGGGGCCUGGACUGCUCACUGGCCAGCAUAUCCCUCCCAUUCGAGCCCACUCAGGCACUCCUGGCCCCUCAUCCUGUGGCAGUACACCCAGCCCUGCUCUUGGAAAUCUCACUAACAGCCUUCACCUCAAGAUGUCCUCAGGAGCAGGGAUGGCUCCUCAGAGCAGCAUGGCCGAGAGCUCCAUCCAUCUGCCUGCCCUGAGCCCCAGGAGACAGCUGCUCACUAAUGGGAAACCUCGAUUCCAGGUCACUCAGCCUGGUGGCAUGGUGGCAUCACACUCUGUAAAACCAAAGCAGCAAGAGUUUGGAAACCCCUUUUCUCCAAAUCCUGGGAAAGGGGCUCUUGGCUUUGGGCCUCAGUGCAAGUCCAUUGGAAAAGGCAGCUGCAACAAUCUAGUGGUCACCAGCAGUCCCAUGAUGGUUCAGCGACUGGGACCCAUUUCACCUCCAGCAAGCCAGGUCUCCACAGCAUGCAAGCAGAUCAGUCCUAGCUUACCGAGGGCAGUGAAUGCAGCCAACCUGAAUAGACCUCCUUCUGAUACCAGGUCCCUUAUUUCGCGAGAGUCGUUGGAAUCCACGACUUUGAGUCUGACAGAGAGUCAGUCGGCUUUGAGCGUCAAGCAAGAGUGGUCCCAGAGCUACAGGGCUUUCCCUUCACUGUCUUCCAACCACGGCUCUCAGAAUGGUGUGGAUCUAGGAGACCUCCUUAGCCUUCCUCCUGCCACAUCCAUGGCCAGCAACAGUGCCUCCAACCCAUUGCCGCCCUACCUAUUUGGCAUGGAAAAUAGCCACUCUCCUUACCCUAGUCCCCGGCACUCAGCCACCAGGUCCCACUCGUCCCGGUCUAAGAAGAGAGCGUUAUCCUUGUCCCCGCUGUCCGAUGGCAUUGGAAUUGACUUCAAUACCAUCAUACGCACCUCCCCCACAUCCUUGGUUGCCUACAUCAAUGGAUCAAGGGCCUCCCCAGCCAACAUGUCCCCACAGCCAGAGGUCUAUGGUCAUUUUCUGGGUGUUCGUGGUAGCUGCAUCCCCCAGCCAUGCACGGUACCCAGUGGCCAGAAGGGCGUGUUGGUGGCCAGUGGUGGGCAGGUACUGCCAGCCUAUGGCGAGGAUGGCCCGCUGGAGUACGAGCGCAUGCAGCAGCUGGAGCAUGGUGGCUUGCAGCCUGGGCCUGUCAACAACAUGGUAGUGCAGCAUGGCCUGCCGGGCCGGGAUGGGCAGCCAGCCAGUAUACUUAAGACUGAGCGUGCAGAGGAGUUCCCAGGGGGUGCCUUGGACUUGCCUUCUGCCCCACCUCUCCCUUCUCUACCCCCACCUCAGGGGCCCCCACCACCCUACCAUGUCCAUCCACAUCUUCACCACCCAGAGCUACUAUCCCAUGCUCAGCCACUGGCCCUGGCCCAGGCGGCCCUGGAUGAUGAUGGGGAGAUGGACGAUGCAGGGGGCAAACACUGCUGUCGUUGGAUAGACUGCAGUGCUUUGUAUGACCAGCAGGAGGAACUAGUGCGGCACAUCGAGAAGGUCCAUAUAGACCAGCGCAAGGGAGAAGACUUCACCUGCUUCUGGGCUGGCUGCCCUCGCAGGUACAAACCUUUCAACGCCCGCUAUAAACUGCUGAUCCACAUGAGGGUCCACUCUGGGGAGAAGCCCAACAAGUGCACGUUUGAAGGCUGUAAGAAGGCCUUUUCAAGACUUGAGAAUCUCAAGAUUCACUUGCGAAGCCACACAGGUGAGAAGCCGUACCUGUGCCAGCAUCCAGGCUGCCAGAAGGCAUUCAGCAACUCCAGCGACCGGGCCAAGCACCAGAGGACACAUCUUGACACUAAACCUUAUGCUUGUCAAAUUCCAGGAUGUACAAAACGCUACACAGACCCAAGUUCCCUAAGAAAGCACGUGAAGGCACAUUCUUCCAAAGAACAGCAAGCAAGGAAAAAGCUGCGGUCUAGCACUGAGCUUCAUCCAGAUCUCCUCACAGACUGCCUCACUGUGCAGCCCCUGCAGCCAGCCUCUUCCCCUAGAGAGGCUACAGCCGAUGGCACUGUGGGACGCUCCCCAGGACCAGGGCCUGACCUCUAUCCAGCUCCCAUUUUCUCCAGCAAUCAUUCAAGCCGAAGUGGAACAGCUGCUGGGGCCGUGCCACCCCCACAUCCUGUCAGUCACCCUUCUCCGGGACAUAAUGUACAGGGGAGCCCCCACAACCCCUCCUCCCAGUUACCUCCACUCACAGCUGUGGACGCAGGCACUGAGAGGUUCGCACCUCCGACUCCAUCUCCUCACCACAUCAGCCCUGGGAGAGUUCCUGCUUCAUCACUGCUGCAGAGAACGCAGCCUCCCCACACUCAACAGCCAUCAGGGUCUCUCCUGAAGUCCUACCAGCCAGAGACAAGCUCUUCAUUUCAGCCAAAUGGCAUCCACGUCCAUGGGUUUUAUGGGCAGCUGCAGACCUUCUGCCCACCACAUUACCCCGAUUCCCAGAGAACUGUGCCGCCCAGCAGCUCCUGUAGUGUGGUGCCUUCCUUCGAGGACUGCCUAGUCCCCACGUCCAUGGGCCAGGCUGGAUUUGACGUUUUCCACAGAGCCUUCUCGACACACUCAGGCAUUACAGUGUACGAUUUGCCUUCAGGUUCUUCAAGCCUCUUUGGGGACUCUCUUCGCAGUGGGCCUGAAGAUACCCCGUUCCUGCAGAUCAGCGCUGUGGACCGCUGUCCUAGCCAGCUCUCCUCUGUCUAUACUGAAGGCUAAAAGCUUCCCUGGCCUCAGCUGCACAUGCAGGGCCUCUGAGUCCCUUGCCACCUCUUAUUUUCAUAUUCUCACAAGCUGUUUGAAAGAUGUCAACCAAAUCUUUGGAGGCUGCAGGGUCACUAGGUCUUUGGAAGGCAGAAAGGAUGGCAAGGGCUGGCUUUGCAGGAAUGUUUGCACUUGCUUCUUUUUCUCUCCAUUUGCUGGACCUGGUAACCAGUAGGACUGUAUUUCAAAGGGAAUUUAGAGUGUCACUCUACUGGAUAUCUGUUACUUCCUGACUGUCAUCUCUCAAAGGACACCAAUGAACGUGCACAAGAACAAGGGGUAACACUUGCUGAAGACUCCAAAGAAGGAAGGACAGCCCAGUUACCAGAGAUGAAGUGUGCGCUGCCUUACCGGGGUUUUUCCUCCUGACUGGGCAAUGCACAGUCAUGCACAAUGAGGGAAAUCCGUGUCCAGAGCAUGGUGUGGUUUCAACUCUUAAAACUGGCUUUCCAGCUUGUCUUACAUACCCUCAUGCUAACCAGUUGCUUUGUGAUGUUCCUCCAAUGACAAAAUAAGGUUUUAUAUUUGGCAACCUACUUUGUUUUUGGAUUUUAAAGACUUACUAUUUACAUCUACUUUUAAAGGAAAACAUAUUUAAAGGUUUGUUCUUUGGGUGGAAAUCAUUACCAUUUUAAUUAUCCCAAAUACAUAUAUUUUGUCACAGCUGUAGCUCUGCCAGGCCUCAACCCUGAAAUGUUAGUUUUGCAGUUAUCUGAGGGAAACAGAAUGGUUAUGCGUGUACACACACACACACACACACACACACACACACACACACGUCCACUCCCAGUAUUGUAGCAAGAACUCUCAUGUAUUGACUGCUCAAUGACUCCACCCUGAAAAUCCUGUUAGUUAAAUGGUUCAUGCAUUGCCUCUGGUCUGGUGCUAUACCUGGGACAGACUGGGAGACAUGAAAGUCGGCACACAUGGAAUCGUAUGUGGGGUUUUCUUCAGAAAUCAGCGAUGCCUGCUGCCCAGUUACUUUACAUGGCCUCUGUGCGGUUCCUUGAGAGGCUCCCCUCUUUUGUCACUGUUGAUGCCCUGUACACACAUUCCUCUACACUGCUCCCUCUCUAUUUUUCGCAUCUUUCUCACCUUCCUGACAAUUUGGUUUUCUGGAACUCUGGUUGAAAGCCUAGAAUUUUUCACAGAACAUGUAGCCGUUUUUUCAAUCAGGCUUGAAUAAGAAGUCGUUUUUCAGUAAAUCCUUCAGAAAAAAGAUCCAGUGUCCUAGAGCACUAGCUAUACAAAUUGGCCAAACUCCAAAAGAUCUGGUCAGUUCCAACAUUCUAGUUUACUCACAUUUCAGGUUCUUUUUUCUCUUUAAAAUUGCUUUUGGACAGAAGUGAAACACUUUAUGAGAGUGGGAUAGUUGUCACCUUCAACAAGACAGUUGAUCAGCUUAGUGUCAGACUUUGAGGUUCUCUGAUAGUUUGUAUCCCAGCAGAUGGACCCUUGAGUCUGGCCCCCCAGUCAGGUUCUACCCGUUUCCACUGUUCAGGUAGAAUGUUCCAAGAUGCCACAGAAUGAGGUGGAUAAAGAACCAGUGUGGGUUCUAUUCUUACAGAGCAUUGGUUAUCUAGUGUUGUGGAAGAGGCUGUGUUCUUGAGAAAGCUAUCAUGCAGACACCUGAGUCUGCAAAAAUUUAAAUUCCCACUUUAUAAAAAUCUGCUGUGUGUUAAAGAAGAAAGCACAUCAGGAUUGCUCUACAGGUGAGCUCUAGGGCUGCUAGAAACUGUCAUCCUUCUUGUAGACCUUGGGUGUUGUUUUACAUGGUCUAAGCAAGGACACACGCAUGCUACACUGGUUUAGUCAAUAGGAACCUUCAUGUGUCCUCUGUCAUACUCUAGAAAAAAAUGAAGACCUUGCUCUAUUCGGAGAAAUGUCUAUCUAUUCUUAAACCCUGAAGCUUUUACAAGGAACGCCAAACAUAUCUGAUUUGAAUGAUAAGAAAGAACAUGUGAAAAGUCACAGUUUUGCAGGUAAAUUGUGAACUCUACCUUGUGGCUUUAUAAAAAAUAGAAGGAGAAAGGGAGGACAGAGCAAGAGAGAGAAGCUCAGAAACCACACAUGGCAUCUUCCUCUUAGGUGGAGAGGCGAUGUUGUGAGCCAGGCUCUGGUCUCGUGGUAGCCUCUGACAUGGUGCCUCUCCUGCUGGAGGGAUCCAGGGAUGACGAGGUGGCAUCAGCACCACCCCUCCUUGGCAGAACCUUCAGGACCUGCCCCAGAGGGACAUUCAUGCUGUCAGAGGGAUCUGCUGUGAGCUCAGCCCAGUACAGCCCCUCUCAGGCUCUCCAGUAUUUCCUGAUGGCCAGUGGUCUGAGGCCUCGAGUUAUACACAUCCAGAAUCCUUCAGAUUAUUCGAGCUGUCACUAGAUUCUAGAAUUUCUCCUCAGCUUAAAAUGUGUCCCUUGCUUACUUUGUCCUACAUUCUUUCACCAGUGUAUCAUAGCAAUGAAAACAGAGCUUCAGACAUCAUUCCCUUCUGCUCCCAGGCCUUUUUUGUCCUGAUAUGUAACCAUUUUCAUAAACAUCCAAACAGAAACUCAUUCACCUUUAAAAAUAAAACCACAAACAAUAAUAAAAACUGGUGCCUGUGAAAACGCACAGUUCAAAGCCAAUUAUCCCAUUACAUUAAAAACCAGAAAAAAAAAUCAGCAUGUUAGAGACAUCUCACUGCUUUAUCCGUUGUCACAAGUCCCCAAGGAACUGUGUCAAAGCACGAGUUGCAAUUUAGCCUCUGAUUGGCAUUUAAAUAUAAUUUAAACAGUCACUGGUCCUGUGAGGUAUGUUCUCUUACGCACAUGUCUACCAUGCGGUGAAGGUGAUUCUAAAUUUGAAAACGAGGUGUUCAGUAGUCCACAGCAUGGUGUCCAUUGAGCACAGUGUCCACUGAGUGCUGUUUGUGUCCAGUCUUAAAGCUACCAGCUGACAAGCAUACUAGUCACUAAGGCCAGUUUUGAAUGGGACUUACUCUUUUCCUCCCCAUCACAGGACUUUAACUUCCCAGUUGCCUUGAGGUAUUGACAGUAGCCACCAGAGUGUUCAGUUUCAUUAUUUGGUAUUUUAUUUGACUGUUUGGGUCAAUGUUACUUUAUAGCAGCAUUUCUCAAUGGCACUUUUUGUUGGUGAUAGAGAAUUUCAGCAGUUCCUUUUCUUUUGCUGUGGAUAAAGUAAAAAAGUAAGGAAAGGAAAGAGAAGAAAAACCAAACUCAUAGGAGAAAUGGUGAGUGUAGGAAAAAAGAGAUUUAUUUUGUACAGACAGUGAAGCAUCCUCUAUAAUGUUGCUGACAUAAAGCACUUUGGGGGGGGUGGAAAUCUGUUUUCCAUAAAUCACACAGGCUCUUGUACAUAGUUCCGUACACUCACGUAGAGAAAUGAGCUGCGUAUAUCAUACUGGAUAUGGGGCCGAUUUUACUGUAGAGGCACAUCUGGUGCUUAUUGUCAUAAAUCUUUUAAAGAAUUAGGUACACUUUUUUCUAUUAAUAUGUAUAGUUUUGCGAUUUGUCACAGUUAUGUUUCAUAUAAUCAUAAGUUAUUUUGUCUUGUUUCAUGAAGUCCUUUUUUUUAUGUCAAAAGUAAAAUGAAGGGAUUAUGUACUUGGCACAGAAUAAAACUGGAAACAGAGGA